AUGCAAGUUCUUCGUUUGGGUACCCUCGUGGCUCUUGCUGGAAUAGUACGAGCUCAAGUGGCAGGCUAUGGGCAGUGCGGAGGAAGCGGAUAUUCAGGAAGUACUACUUGUGCCUCUGGAUUUGCUUGUGUAUCGCAGAAUGCCUUCUACUACCAAUGCCUUCCUGGGACAACGACCGGAGCAACUACCACCACAUCAGCAGUGACCACUACCCGGGCCACAACAACCGCUACAGCUACCACUUUGACAACAACUACAAAGACCACAGCGCAGAUCUCCUCUGCUAGUUCGAGCGGAGCAGUUUGCAGUGGUACCUUCAGCGCAAUUUCUGCCUCUGGCUUUGUUUCAGCUCUACACCCUGGCUGGAACUUAGGGAACACUCUUGAUGCUGUUCCUGACGAGGGAUCCUGGAACAAUGUCCCAGUGGUGGCAUCCACAUUCGACACCGUGAAGGCUGCUGGCUUCAAAAGUGUCCGACUUCCUGUGACGUGGGCUUAUCACUUCACGGGAAGUUCCCCAGACUGGACAGUUGACCCAACCUGGCUACAGCGGGUCUCCGACGUCGUUGAUCAAAUCGUGGCUCGUGGACUUUAUGUCAUCGUUGACGUGCAUCAUGACUCGUGGGUUUGGGCCGAUGUCAGCCAGUCAGGGGCCAACUUGACUAUGAUUGAAGAAAAGUUUUACAGGUUGUGGUAUCAAAUCGGCAGCAAAUUGGCCUGCAAGUCUAGCCUUGUUGCCUUCGAGCCUAUCAACGAACCGCCUUGCAAUACUGCGACGGAUGCUGCUGAAAUCAACAAGCUCAACAAGAUUUUCCUCCAGGCUAUCAACGAUGCUGGUGGUUUCAACCCACAGAGAGUUGUCACCUUAGUGGGAGGUGGCCAAGACAGCAUCAAAACUUCGCAAUGGUUUGUUGCUCCUUCUGGGUUCUCCAACCCAUACGCCAUUCAAUUCCACUACUACAGCCCUUACGACUUCAUCUUCAGUGCUUGGGGCAAAACCAUUUGGGGCUCCGAUGCCGACAAAGCCACAAUCAAGUCUGACUUCCAGCUGAUUCGCAAUAACUUCACCAAUGUACCCCUUCUUCUGGGUGAAUAUGACGCAUCCCCAACCAACACGGAACCUGCUGCACGCUGGAAAUAUGUCGACUUUUUGAUCAAGACUGCAGCAAGUCUUGACAUUUCCUGCGUUCUAUGGGAUAAUGGCUUAGACCACUUGGAUCGAACAAGCAGUACAUGGCGUGAUACCAAUUCACUCUCGAUUAUCACCAAGUCUACCGCUUCUACUGCAAACAGUCUUCCAGAUAGCACAGAGGACGGCUCAGCAACGAGCCAGUCAUCUUCGGCCUACAUUUUCCACCAGUACGGAACUGCGGUUACGGGGCAGACUCUUCCAUUUAUCUUCAAUGGCAACACACUCUUCUCCAUAAGUGACUCUACGGGUACUACUUUGGUGUCAGGAACAGACUAUUCCGUCUCAGGCGCGAACAUCGUUUUCACCGCUUCUUAUCUUUCAAAGCGUCUUUCUUCGACUACAGCGCCAGGGAUUAUCGCUACUUUAACUUUGAAGUUCUCUGGUGGAUAUUCCUCACCCACCAUUCAGAUCGUUCAAUGGAAGCCACCGACUCUAUCAUCGACAUCAGCCGUCGCCUCAUCGGUCUCCGGCUCUGACCUGUCUAUCCCGAUCACCUGGGGAGGUCUUCCAACAAUUGCUGCAGUAAAAGCUCUCACCAAGAGUGGAACAUAUCUUGUUGAUGAUUGGACCACAUACUUAGGCCCCCUGCAACAGGCAAGAGCCACAUAUAGUAGCCAGUAUAAUUGGGAUUCCUCAAAUUUGAUUCUCACAUCCUCGGCAAUUAGUUCUGUGAUAUCGGCAGGCCAAUCGACUGUGUUCACCUUCGAGUUCUUCCCUCGAGACAAUGGCGCGGUGAACGCGGUGAAUUUCACAUUGACUGUUUGA